AUGGUUCGCGACGAUAUUGAUUCCUCAGACGCCUCGAGCACCUCAUCAAUCGAUGAGUUGUUGCGUGAAGACAGCGAGGGCUGGGAGGAUGCUGAGCCCGAGGAGAAUGAAGACAUCCAAGUCAAGGACUUUUUCAGCGACAAAACAUUUCCUGAUGCCGCGUCCAUGAUCAAAUAUGCUGCCGAACAACACAACUUCGAUUUCUUGAAGAUUACAAAAGAUUUUGGCCUUGACUUCUUCGGUGCCAUCAAGCUUGUCAACUACAUUCGCGGCGAGGCCAAGAACGGCAACCAAAAGCCCGAUGUUUCUUCAAAAUCUCUGUUCGAGGACGACAAGUACAUGCAGCCUGCUCUGGAAGACGAUGCUCUGCUUUUCUCCCUGGAUGAUGUUCUGGACUCUGAAGAUGCCGCUGGACAGGACUUGCCCAUUGGUUCAUCCGGCGACAAGACUGCCGAGCUCGAGGCUCAGUUGGCUCGUCUGCGCGAACAGUUCGCCGAGUACAAGCUAACUGUCGAGAAAACUCUGGAUGACCGCUGGAACGAGCCUUCCAAGGAGGGCGAGGCUGGCUCAAGCAAGACCAAGAACGAGAACCACCAGGAUCCCGGAUACUUCGAUUCUUACUCAUACAACGACAUUCAUCAGACCAUGCUCCAGGACACUGUCCGCACAGAUGCUUAUAGAGACUUCAUCUAUGCCAACAAGCAUCUCUUUGCUGGCAAGACUGUUCUGGACGUUGGCUGUGGUACUGGUAUCCUUUCUCUCUUCUGCGCAAAGGCCGGUGCCGCUCGCGUCAUUGCUGUCGAUAACUCCGAGAUCAUCAACAAGGCUCGCGCCAACAUCGCCAUGAACGGCCAGUCCAAGGUCAUCACCUGUGUCAGAGGCAAGAUUGAGGAGAUCCAACUCCCCGAUGGCAUCGAGAAGGUCGACAUCAUUGUCAGCGAGUGGAUGGGCUACUGCCUUCUGUACGAAGCCAUGCUCGACUCCGUCCUCUACGCUAGAGACAGAUACCUCAAGCCCGACGGUCUCAUGGUUCCCAGUCACUGCACCAUGCACCUCGCCCCUCUCGCCGACCAAGACUGGAUCUCAGACAACAUCACAUUCUGGAGAGACGUCUACGGUUUCGACAUGACCUCCAUGAUGGAGAAGAUCUACGAAGACACGUUGGUCCGUUACCCUAACAAAGACACCAUCGUCGGCAGAUCAACAGACGAGCUCCCCUUCAAGGUCCUCGAUCUCCACACCGUCACGGUCGCCGACCUCGAUUUCACCUCCGACGUCAGCUUCACUCUCAACAAGGACAUCGACAACCUCGACGGCUUCUGCACCUGGUUCGACACUCUCUUCCUCCAGUCCCGCAAGGAUGAGAUCCCCGCCGGCAUGCUCCGCAGCGUCAAGCCCCCCAAGAGCGACGACGACAAGACCGUCUUCUUCACCACCAGCCCCUUCGGUCCCGAAACCCACUGGCGCUGCGGUGUCUUGAUGAUCGACGCCACCGAAAAGGACGACCAAGCUUUGAAGCAAGGCACCGUCAUCUCUGGAAACGUCACCUUCAAGAAGAACAAGGAUGCCAAGCGUAACUUGAACAUUUCCAUGGACUGGGAGAUCAAGGGUGCAGAGACCAAGGAUAAGCAGCUUUGGUACAUGCGAUAGAUGGGAAUAUGCUAGAUUCUUGGAUGAUUUGUAAAUGUCAAAAAGCGAUUUGUUCUUCUUCCC